CGUCGGCAGUGUACCGAACGUGACGUUAUUGGAUUAAGUGCCGUUGCCGCCGGUUUGUGUUCGACGCGCGCGCGCGCGCGCCUCGCAUUUUCGCGCAUCAAUUAGUUACUUGCGACUCACGUGGACUCGGCACGAAAACUCAGUCGCCGUUGGAUCAAAGAAUUUCCGAUUCCAAUCAUGGACGGCGAGAUCGCUGCCYCCGCCGCCGUCGCGGACGAUGAUUUACCCGCCAAAGUACCGUUGAACCUGAACGUCGAGGAAACAGCGGGAGGAGGUUGCGGUAGCGACAGCGGCGUGGACGUGACGCCGGCCGUGUCAUGUGACUCGAGUCUGGCGUCGGGCUGUUACGACCCGUGCAAGAGCCCGCUGGGCCCGUUCAGUCCGACCGAAACCGGUGGCCCGUCCUCGUUGCCCUGUUACCCGACCGCCAUAAGCUGCAGCAGGCCGUCCACGCCGACUUGGCGCAGGUCCGCCGACCGGCAGCCGUGCAAGCUACCGGCAAGCAUGUCGUCGUCGUUCCACUUCGAGACGGCCAGGAACAGCCCUCCCAGGGUGGAGUCGCCGAAGAAGACCGACCUAAAUGCGGUAGCCAAACAGUCCAAGGUGUCGACGGUCAAGAAGUUAGUCAGCACGUACGACAUGGUCAAAUCGCUGGACAAGUUCGCCACKUUACCCAGACGAAGGAGGAAGUCCAAGGAAAAUCUCGCYGUCAGCUCUGUGACGCCGKCURGUAACACGGUCGCCACWUCGGCGCCAAGGGAACCCAGUUUGAACCGGGCGGCUAGUCUUAGGAGAAAGCACAUCGAACAGGGUGCCCUGGCCCACCUCAACGGUGUUGGAAGUGGUGGUAGCGGUACUAUUUCUGGUUCCACGUCGCCGGCGAAACCAACUCUUCCGAAAUGCAGUAGGCCGCCACCGAUUGUCGCCAGGACGAAGAUAUAUCACGAGGUGUGUUCACAGACAUGCCUGACYAGCGAAGAUAUCACCAAAGUUUUAUCGGGCAGUAUAUUGCCUCCGGUCGAAAACAGGGUUGAAACUAAUGACGCCGAAGUACAGGUUGAUUUAGUGGAGAAAAGGAUCAAUGCACUUGAGACUGAGCUAAAGGAAAAGACUGAACAAUUAGACUGUAAAACAAAAAAAUUCAAUGAACAACAAGAGUGCCUUAAAAAUUUACAAGAACGGCUGAAUCAUGAAGAUUUGGACACAUGUAGACAAAUCGAUGCUUAUAGUCAACGACUAUGCAACAUUUUUCAAAUUAAUAAUUGCUUGGAUCCAUCACCAUCAAAUAUCUUAGAAAUAUUGGAGAAUCAAAUGACUACCACAACAUCGGUGAUCAAUGAACAGCAAAAAGAACUCAACCACCUUAAGACUCUUUGCACUUCUUUACAUAGAGAUUUAGAAAAAAGCUAUGCCGCUCAAAAGUCACUUCUACAAGCAAAUCAAGCCUCUGAGAUGGAAUCCUCAGAAAUUCAAGACUUUUUGCAAGCUGAGAAGGCUAUGCUUUCAGACACAAUCAAAGAACUAGAAAAAGAAGUCAAAGAUUACAAAGAACAAUUAGCUGUAAAGGGAAAAGAGGCUUCCAAAACUAUGGAGCAAUGCACGCAUUUAGUAAGGAUAUCUGAACAACGGAGGCAAGAGAAUUUAUCACUACAAACAAAAAUGCGUGUGAUGGAAAACAAAAGUCGUGAAUUAUUACAACAACAAGAUUCAACUGUGUCAAGUGCUGUUGUGGGUCUGUCUGGAUUAGGCAGCCGUCUCGAUGCUCUGUUGGAUAGACUCAUCAAAUCCUAUUCCAUUUCAGAAGUUGAUAUCGAAGAUGAAGUAUACUUCAACGAAGCAUACACAAAUGGAGAUAGCAGCAGUGAUUCUGAACAAAUUAAUGGUACAUCCAAUAAGUCCGACUCCAAAAGCCUUAUGUCUGCCAUUGUUUCUGCUAUUAAAUCAGCUCCUACUAACUGGCAUAAAGGGAAAACCGAUAAAAACCUGGCAGUCAGCGCAAACACCCAAGAAUCUCCAUGUUCUCCUAAGAAACGACUACAAACAUCAGAAUCUAUGAAAGAAUUACAAAGACCAUAUUAUCAUUCUCCUAUUUGUAAACGAAAUGGAUCAACUGGCGACUUAUUAUCACAAACUGAUUCCUUAGACGAUUGUAGUGAUUUACAAUCAGCCGAAAGUGAAUCCUUGAAUAAUCUAUCGGAGGCCAUAGUUGCCAGACAACAAUUAGAGUUGAGUAUGAACAAUACUAGUACUGGAAACUUUGACUUUGAAUUUUUGGAGGACUUUCGAGCACCCGAUGCUGAUCUCUUAGACCAAGUGAUUGAUUUGGAUAAUACAGUCACCAAGUUGUUAAAAGUCAUAACUCUUGUUCAAACAAAUGGCAAAGAACAACCUUUGCAUCCAGAUAGACAUGAAAUCAAAUAUACAAAUGGUGUUAAUGGAAAAAGCAGGCAGUAUUCCUCGCAGUCCCCAUUGAUACACGACAAUGAUGAGUCAAGUUAUAAGCGGCCACCAAUAGUGCCUAUGCAGGAACUAAACUCAAGCUCACCAAAAGCUUUGAACGGAAUUAUGUGAUGACUAAUUUUAAUUUUUACACUAUAAAUGUGUGUUUUUAUUUUAUUUUCUAUGUAUAAAUAUUACAUUAAUAUUAUU